AAGCAAUAUUAGAUUUAGAAUAAGAACGAAUUGCAUAGUCUCAAGGAUUACGUUUAGUAAUAGUAAUACAAGAUUUAAAUAUGAAAAAACUGGUUUAGAAAAUCGCAAACUUCCUAAUGUUAUUAGUGUAAUAGACGAAGUACAUAUACCUAUUCAUAAACCUUCUGAGAAUAAUGCAUGCUAUGUUAAUCAAAAAAAUUUCACUCUAUCAACCUUUUUAGAAUUGUUGAUCAUCAGGGAUAUUUUAUCUAUAUACAUACUGAUGAAGUAA